GGCCACCAAAACGUUUCAGUUUCUAUCUAAAGUCACUUAGUCACAAAAACUGGUAAAAACAUGGGUAAAAUCAGUAAAAUCGCUUAAAAUCAGUAAAAUCGCGAUUCUGAAGCGUUUUUAUACGAUUUUGAUCAUCUCAUAAAAAUGUGCUAAUUGGCCCAAAAUGAUGUAAGUUUGGAGACAUAUCAGCAAAAAAUAAAAAAAGGAUAACAUGAUUCAUCACUCAUUCUACUACUAGUGUCGAGAUAGGGGCUUCACAUUAGGUUGAAAAGACACCUAAUGGUAUUCUCAACAGCCGUCGACCUUCUAUCAGUCUUCUCCCUUAAUCUUCAACUGUGGCUCUUACCUGGGGUACGACAAAAAUUUAUGGGUAAUUGAUCGUAUGUAAUUAUGUAAACUCAAACCAGCUUAUGAGAAUUUGGAUUCUCAAACUCGUUUACGGGUUACGAUCUACGUUUAUGAGCUUAUUAUUAAGAUGUUAAGAGUUUUCUCUACUUUUGAGUAAACACAAAUUAGUUUAUGUGUUAGACAUUACAUUUUAAUUAUGAAUUUCAUGUAGUUAUUCACUUAUCUAAAAUCUACACACUCACAUUUUACAUACUAUAUGUUGUACUUAACAUAUUUUAGCUAUUUUAGAGGGUGCGUAAAAAACUUAUGCUUUUACGCUUUGACUCUACGUUUUACGAUUUUACCCAUUUUCCGCUUCUAUGUAGAAUUGCGCUUUUAACUGCAUUGGGAAUUACAACUUGGACCUAAUUGAGGAGCUAGGGGGAAUCAUAUCUAAGUGAAUUCACAACUUGUAAUUAGUAGAGUAGUCAGUAGAGUAGUUUAUAAAUCAAUCCUUAAUCUAGUUUGCUAGAUAAUGAACUGAAGCUGAGUAAUAGUAACUCUAGAGACCCGUGGAUUCGAUAUUUAUUACUUGUGCCACUAUACUGCAGUCCCUUUCAUUGGUUACACUUGGCCAUUGUUAGGUGUUGUGUUUUAGAGCAUCAAGUUUUUGGUGCCGUUGCCGGGGACUUUCUAGAUUAUUAGGAAAGGCAGAAGUUUGUUACUUUAGCGUUUUUCUUUCUUUUCCACCCUUGCUUUUCACUUGGGUGUUAUUGUUUUUGUUGGUGCAGAUCUGAAUCAUGGAUCCGCAUGGCUUCUCCAACCAGUACCCCCACCAUCCGAGUGGUAUUACCCCGAGACUCCCUGGAGCAAUCAAGGAGGAGAAGACUAUGGAUUCGGGUUCCAGUACCAACCCCCUUUCUACGGAGAACAACCAGACCCCUGAGCAUAUCAAGAACAACCUCAUUACCAAGAAGACUUUCUCCCACAACCAGAAGGGCCAUCGGAGCUGGAGUUACCCAUGGCGGCCUUCACGGGCCACUCUGCAGAGCCAUGCUACACUUCACUGGAAGAUCCGAACAAACAAUUAAGGCUUCUCGUGGAGCAGUUUGCUCAAGACACUGAGAAAUCAUGCUCCAAGAUGGAUCUUCAAAUCAAAGCCCUUGCUGUUUCUGAUCCCUCAUUUCUCCAUGAUAUGGAGGAGACUGUUCAGCGCUCAGCGAAGCAAACAGAGUGGGUGGAGCAAGUUUGCUCACAUCUUGCUCAAGAUCACCUUUCUGCUACCACGCUAGAAGAGGUGGCGGAUGACAAAGGCUACGGGGAUGUUGAGGAGCAUACAGAAGUUAUCACAGAGAACUCCCAUGAUAAUCAUGAUCAGGAAAGUCCUCUGGUUGCAGAUCACACAAUUCCUUAUUUCUGCUCUAACAUGCUGGGCCCGAGCGAGGAGAUGCAAGAUGAUCUCAUUGAAGAAAUUACAUGGCGACUUGCUCUCCAAUCUGUGCUAGAAGAAGAAGAGCAAGAAAGGGUGCAGAAAGAAGUUGUGGAGGAUGGCGAAAGUGAAGCAGGAGGAGCUCUUGAUCAUUUCCCAGGGGUGAUACCACAUGAAGAAGAAAGGGGGGUUGAAGAAGCAAUUGGCGUCCAGGCUGAGGACGGAGUUAAGGUGGAAGAGGCCUGCAUCGGCCAUGAGUUACAUGUGAUAUCUCCACCAAACUUUGAGGAGCUGCUUGGCAAGGACCCAUUUGCAGUGUCUCUUUGCCAGACCAAGGCCACAUCGACAUCGGUCCCUCUUGGUGGACGCGAUGGUGGCCAAUCGAUUCUGUCAUAUCUGGUUUGGGGCAAUGAGACGAGAGAAGAGAAGAAGAGGUCUCGAGGGUGGAGACUUCAUCUGCAUCAAGUACAUGAGCCUUCAUCACCUGCCACACCACAUGCUCGUGACUUGAGACUCCACCUCAUCGACGAGAACCUCAACUUCAAGGAGGUUCUAGCAUGGACCGAAACUUAGGAGCCAUCGUCCGGCUCACGCCGUGAAAAAAGCGCUUGUUGGGAGGCAACCCAACCAGUCGGUUUGCAUUUCUUUCUCUAUUUCUCCUCGGUUGAGUCAGUUUUGUUAUUUGAUUUUAGAGUCAAUAACUCAACCUUUGUGAGAUUUUGUGUGGUGUUUGUGUUCUGAUUACUCUCUCUUUCUGGAAUGCACCACCUGACCCGUUCAUCAUCAUUCACCCUCGAUCUGGUAACUUCGUUCUACCCUCCUUAUCUUUCCUCCAUUGAGGAUAAUGUCUUGCUUAAGUGUGGGGGGGGGGGUGGGUGUUCGAUUAUUUAUGUGGGUGAAUGUUUGGCUGUUUGUGUGCUUGGAGCCUAGUCCACUGUCCAAAUCUCAAGAUUUGAGGGCUCCAAGUACGGCUAUUUGAUCAUAUUGGCACUGUGUUUUGAUUGGUGAAUUGAAUGGUUUUCGGAUUGAUGCAUGACAGCUUGAUUGUGACUAGGACAACCUAUGAUGAGGACUGAGACGUGCAGUAGAAUUGUGUAGGGGUUCAGUUUUUCAACUGUUUGCUUACCAACUGUGACUUGGAUUGAUUACUUGUUCUUGACAGUCGCUUAUGCAUCUAGUUCAGGGUAUCAGAAUGUGAUAUAGAGCAUAUAGGUAGCCAUGUGAGAUUUGAGCCUGCUCGUUUCUUUCUUGUGCGAUAGAUCCCUCUUCCAGGAUGUGUAGCAUUCGCGUUGUCACUAGCUAAGAUGAUGGGGGCAUAGGAUUAGCCCACGACCAAAUUUGACUGUCCUGAUGUGUCAUAUCCCCUAGUCGGCCCUUUUGAGCCGUGUGUUAUCCUUUCUUUUGGUCUGAAAUGAAAAAAAAAAUCACCCUUUUUGCAUCUUUUAGAAGGUUCCACAGAGUGGUUUUUUUUACAUAUUCUCUACUGUUUCUGCUAAAUUUGAUGUGAGUGUUGGAGGUAGUGCUUAAAAGUUGGGCUGGGCAUGUGUUUGAAAUAUGUGCAGAAGUGGUGGCUCUCUUAAGAAAUGAAAAGAAAAUGAAAGAAAAAACAAAGAAAAAUUGAAAGCAAAGAGAGCCACUACCAAAAAUCUGAAUAAUGGCCAGUAAGUAGUGUUUCUUAGCAGUCUGGCUUGGAAAUGCUAACAUUUAUACCUCCUUCGCUCUUGUGCUCUUGAGAUAUUGAGUAAUGCAGAAUAGCAGAAAGGAAAUACCGGUUUGUUUGACUGUGAUUGUGUGGGUUUGGAAAUGUGGAACCUUGUGCUAUGAAUACUUCCACCACCCAAAAGGCCUUUUCCCCAUGUCCAAGACCCUAGCCAGUCAUUUGAACCUGUGUCUAAGACCUCCUGAUGAGUUAGUGGUGACACCCCAUAUGUGAACUCUAGCAUUUAGAGGCUGCCAUCAUGGUGAAGAGAUGUUAGGGAUUGAGAGAAAUAACAUGCGCAUGUUUCG